GUCAUCGGGUAUCUCGUGAUCGGACAGCACUUCACGACAGCCCUAACGCUGUGCGCCAUCGGUUCCGUCACCGACCUCUUGGACGGCUAUUACGCCCGUAAAUACAAUUGUGUCACUAAAUUGGGCGCUCUGUUGGAUCCGUUGGCCGACAAACUACUGGUCGCCACUCUGACCAUCACUCUAGCGGUCGUCCAUUUGAUACCCCUUUGGUUGGCGCUACUAAUUCUGACCAGAGAUUCGCUGAUAAUCAGCGGCGCUCUCUAUCUGAUGCACCGGCGACUGAGUCCGCCCAAGACGUGGACCCGUUUCAUACAGAUGUCAACAGAGAUGUCAACGAUUAAGUUCGUGCCGACACUCAUCUCGAAGAUUAACACCGGUUUCCAGUUCUCGUUAGUGGCGGUCACUCUGGCGGCGCCCGUCUUCUCCUAUACAGACCACUGGGCGCUGACAUGCCUUCAGUUGGCCACCGGCGCCACUACUCUCGGCUCUGGCCUUAACUAUCUGAAGCGUUUGCGACCGUCGGCCCAAUGA